UAAAACCCCACCGCCGGACCUAAAUCCCGAUGUGCGAUAUGCCGCCACGACGAUAUGUAUCGAACAGCGGCCAAGCGAUUCCUCUCCAGUACAAUGUCUCUUAAUUACGCGUCCGGCCGAUUCCACUUCUUCUCUCCUUCAUUCCUACGCGCUCAUCUCUUUUCCACUUCUCAAAGUGAACCAUCUUCUAAUCACUGCUCCAACCAUCAGCCUCGCUUCCAAAGCCCUAAUUUUUUGUCUUCAGAUUCAUCUUCCUCAUUCUCCUAUGAGACCCCCACAUCAACAGCUAUGCAUCAAGACGAGCAUGCUCGCGUGCUUCAAGCCGCCCUUCCUCACGUUAUAAAAUUGGGGUGGACCGAAGCAGCGUUGAUUGCAGGGGCAAGGGAAGCUGGCCUGUCCCCUUCGAUCAUUGGAUCAUUCCCGAGGAAGGAGGCAGCGCUGGUUGAGUUUUUCAUGGAUGACUGCUUACAAAGGCUUGUCAAUAGAAUUGAAUCGGAUGAGGGGUUAAAAGACUUGACACCAAGUGAUUGCAUCUCUAAACUUGUCAGAGCUCGUCUAGAAAUGCAAGCUCCAUAUAUAUCAACGUGGCCUCAAGCUCUUAGCAUUCAGGCACAACCAGCCAACGUUCCAACAAGUUUUAAGCAGAGGGCUAUGCUUGUUGAUGAGAUCUGGCAUGCAGCUGGUGAUACUGCAUCAGGCAUUGAUUGGUAUGUCAAGCGCACUGUCCUUGGAGGAAUAUAUUCAACAACUGAGAUUUAUUGGCUGACCGAUAAAUCUCCAGAUUUUUGUGACACAUGGGCUUUCCUGGAUGGUCGUGUGAAUGAUGCUUUUGAUCUUCAGAAAAGCAUUCAAGAGGCACAAUAUUUGGCAGAAGCUGUGGGUACUGGGAUGGGGAGCUCUUUGCAAGGGUUUGUUAGGAAAGUUUUUCAGAGAUAAAUUAUGGUGUUUGUGUUGAGCAUCCAUUAUUCGGUCACUUAGAAAACCAUGACAUGAUCUUAAACACGUUUUUUUCUAGUGAAUGUUUCGCACUUGGUGA